UUCUUUUAUUUGCUACUGUCAUUAUCAGUUGUCACGCUUACUAAUUAUUUUUUCCAAAACAUCACGAAAUAUAAGAACAUUUAAAUUAAAAGUGGAAAACAUUUAAAUUUUAAAACUCCAUAAUGCCGAAAGUUGUUUCACGUAGUAUAGUAUGCUCGGACACGAAAGAUCAAGAGGAGUACAACGAAACAAAGCCUUUACACAUAUAUUACUGUAUUUGUGGUCAAAUGUCUCUUAUUUUGGACUGUACCCUGGACAGACUGCCAUUAAGACCCACUGAUGGUGCUAGAGUUAUAGAUGGUUCAAAACACGCUCACAAAAUAACCUCAGACCCCGACGAAACCGUAUAUUUAAAGCGUGAAAAGGGCAUUGAGAGACAGUAUAGGUUGAAAUGCAAAAAAUGCGGUGUUCCUAUUUAUUACAAGCACGAUCAAGCUAGUAACGUUGUUUUUAUCAUGAAUGGAGCGUUGGUCCAAUCAGCAGGUGAAGGUACAGUCACGGAUAUAUACAAGCAAGUGGCUUUAGCUCAGCCGAAGAAGAUAAUGGUUACUAAGCACACAAAGAACAUGGGCAAGUUCAGCUCGGUUACAGUAUCGACGAUAGAUGAGGAAGAAGAUGAAAUUGAGGCCAGGGAGGUGGCUGACAGUUAUGCAAAUAAUGCGAGGAUCAUUGAGAAGCAGUUGGAAAGAAAGGGCAUGAAUAAACGCCAGGCAGAGACACCAUCGCAGACUAUAGAGAAGCGAGUCAGAGGGACUUUAAUUGAUAAGUAGAUUUAUGAUAUUAUUUAAGUUUUAUAGUGUAAUGGCAUUAUUGUGCUAAGUCUCUGUACAUUAUUUUCCUAGAAUAAAAUCUAGGCUCUCAAAAUCUAUGCUAACACAAAUUCCAGUGUGAAAGAAAGAAAGAAAACCAAUAACAUUAAUAGAUCUAUUCAUGAUUUCUGUUUUAUUUUAAUGUAUUUUGUGCGCUGUAUUCAUUCAUUCAUUAAUAUGGAUUCAUGGAUUUCUGUAUGUUCACCAUCAGUAGAGCAAUGGGUUUUUUAACUCUACCUUGCAUAUUACUCCUUUUUUAAUGGAACCUAAGAAAUUUGCUUUUUCAUUAGAGA